CGGAAAUAAAUAACAAUGGCUGCCAUACAACAACAACAAUUUUCAAUGUUUGUCAUCAUUUAUUUGAUGUUUAUCAUUAUUAAUCAAUCAUCAUACGCAUCAUCAUCAUUAUCAUCAUCAUUUUAUCCAUAUUCGAUCUCUAAUUCAACAUUGAAUGGAAGUAAUAAUGGACGUAAUAAUAAUCGACAAAUAUCCUCAUCAUAUUAUAAUCGAAAUUCCUAUCCAUUAGCACCGGCAACAUCGAGUUCAAUAUCAUAUCGUCCAGUACGUUGUUAUCAUAAUAAUUGUCUCAACGAUGGUCAAUGUAUUGUUAAUCCAAAUACAAUGAAAUCUUAUUGCCGCUGUCAACCAAAAUAUGUAGGUUCAAGUUGUGAAUAUCCGAAUCCUUGUUUUGAUAUGAAUCGCUGUUUCAAUGGUGGAACAUGUCAAACAAUCAUCGCUACCGAUCAGCCACCAUCAUUCAAAUGUUUAUGUCCGUUAGGUUUUUCGGCCAGUAUGUGUGAAGUAGAAACACCCAACAUCUGUCAACGUGAACAUCCUUGCCGCAAUGGUGGCCGUUGUGUACUUCAUACCGAUCUUGAACAUUAUCAAUGUAAUUGUCUUUCCGGUUGGCGUGGUGAUCUUUGUGAAGAACGUGAUAAUUGUGCAUCAAGUCCAUGCCGGAAUGGUGCACAUUGUAUAUCGCAUUCAAAUGGUACGGGUUUCUCAUGUGAAUGUUCACCCGGUUUUCGUGGUAAAACAUGCUCUGAAGAUAUUAAUGAAUGUAAAGAAUUAGGUGAUGAUCUUGCCUGUAACCAAAAAGGAACAUGCAUCAAUGUGCCUGGAUCAUAUGUUUGUAAUUGUGAAGCUGGCUAUACUGGAAAACGUUGUGAAACAGUUUACAUUCCUUGUAAAACAGACAAUCCAUGUCAGAAUGGCGGUGAUUGUAUCGCCGAUCAUCUUUCAAAAACUUAUCAUUGUAAUUGUCCUGCUGGAUUUACUGGACGUGAUUGUGAAGUGAACAUUGAUGAUUGUGGUGGUAAUCUAUGUCAAAACGGUGGCACUUGUAUUGACGGCAUCAAUACCUAUACCUGUCUUUGUCCAUCAAAUUUUACUGGUCCAUAUUGUUCGCAAGAUGUUGAUGAAUGUUCAUUACAACCACAACCAUGUCAAAAUAGUGCAACAUGUGCCAAUACUAUCGGUGGAUUCAAUUGUAUCUGUGUGAAUGGUUGGACUGGACCGACUUGUGCUGAAAAUAUAAAUGAUUGUGCUAACGCUCCAUGUUUCAACGGUGCUACAUGUCAUGAUCGUGUUGGAUCAUAUUAUUGCCAAUGUCCACCGGGUAAAACCGGAUUGUUAUGUCAUCUGGAUGAUGCUUGUGCAUCCAAUCCAUGUCACACUGGUGCAAUCUGUGAUACAAAUCCAGUUGAUGGUACCUAUGUUUGUAGCUGUCCAGCCGGUUAUAAAGGAACGGAUUGUAUGCAAGAUAUUGAUGAAUGUCAUGAUAGUGGUUCACCAUGUGAACAUGGUGGUACCUGUGUCAAUACACCCGGAUCAUAUCGUUGUGAUUGUGCUAUUGGUUUUGCUGGUGCCCGUUGUGAAGUUAAUAUUAAUGAAUGUGAUUCGAAUCCAUGUCAAAAUGAAGGUACCUGUUUGGAUGAACGUGGAUCAUAUCGUUGUGUCUGUAUGCCCGGCUAUACUGGUGUACAUUGUGAAUCAAAUAUUGAUGAAUGUCAAUCUAAUCCAUGUCAUAAUAAUGCUAUAUGUACCGAUCUGAUCAACGGUUAUCGCUGUCUUUGUACUAAUGGUUUUGAUGGAAUCAAUUGCGAAAAAGUUAUCGAUCAAUGUUAUAAAAAUCCAUGUCGUAAUAAUGGCACAUGUCAUAAUGAAAUUCAGACACCAAAUCGACCGGAAACAUCCGUUUGUACAUGUUUGGAUGGUUUUAGUGGACGUUAUUGUGAAUUUAACAUCAAUGAUUGUGAAUCGAAUCCAUGUUUUCAUGGCAAAUGUGUCGAUAUGAUCAAUUCAUUUAAAUGUAUUUGCAAUCCAGGUUAUACAGGAAUGUUAUGUCAAAGUCAAAUCAAUGAAUGCUUAUCGAAUCCAUGUUCGAAUGGUGGAACGUGUGUUGAUGAAAUAUCCAGUUAUCGUUGUGAAUGUCCCAACGGUACAUAUGGUUUCAACUGUGAAUUUCAGCAGAAUGAAUGUUGGUCAAAUCCAUGUAUGCAUGGCGGUAUAUGUCAUGAUAUGAUGGGCAAAUAUCGUUGUCAAUGUGCACCCGGUUUCCGUGGAGAACAAUGUGAAACGCUUAUUGAUCAGUGUCAAACGAAUCCAUGUGCCAAUGGCGGUACAUGUUUCACCACCGAUAUCAUAACAUCUGGUGCACCAUUUAAAUGUCGAUGUCCGAAAGGAUUUUAUGGACCACGAUGUUUGUCACAUAUUAAUGAAUGUGAUCCCAACCCAUGCUUGAAUGAUGGCCUGUGUGAAGAUGAUGUGAAUAAAUUUCAUUGUCGUUGUAAGCCCGGUUACACUGGUUAUCGUUGUGAAACAUCAUUAAAUCCAUGUUCGCAAGUUUAUUGUCAAAAUGGUGGUACCUGUAUCGAUCAUCAAUCACCAUUCGGUCAAUAUGGAUGGACAUCUCCAUUCCGUUGUCAAUGUCGUCCUCAAUAUUCAGGCAUCUAUUGUGAAGUGGAUAAUAUCAAAAAUUCCCUGAUGGAUCAAAAACGCCGUCAAGCAUGGCAACGUUGUCCGAAAUCUGAUUUCUGUUAUGAACAUUUUUCCGAUAAAAUCUGCAAUGAAGAAUGUAAUAAUCGUGAUUGUUUAUUCGAUGGUUUUGAUUGUCGAUCAUUAUCGGAUACAUCGGAUGUAUCAUCAAGUUUCGGUAAUGGUAAUCACCAACAAACUGGCAACAAUCCUCAACUGGUCUGUAAUCGUGAUUAUAAUCCAUAUUGUGAAGAUAAUUUUGCAAAUGGACAUUGCGAUCAUGGCUGUGACAUUGCCGAAUGUGCCUGGGAUGGACUUGAUUGUGAAACAGAUCCAUCAUCAACUGAUUAUCUUCGUGGUGAGCUUAUCAUCGAUACAGAUUUUCCAUAUAGCCAAAUGAACGGUUCAAACGUUUCUAAAAUUCCAAUGCCAGUGAAACAUUUUAUUCGAAAUUUGUCUAUAUUGAUUCGUUCAGUGCUACGAAUACGUGAUAUACAGGAAAAUAAUUUUCACAACAUUAAACUUAUAAUGGGUAUCGAUAAUCGAAAAUGUCGCCAAACUGGUCAAUGUUUUGAUAAUAGUCAAGAUGUUGCAUCAUUUUUACAAGAAUCACAAAAUAAACCAGAAUCACCAGUGAAAGCAUUUCUACGAGAAUCUGGAAUUCAGGCACAUUUCGAUGCUAAUGAUGAUGUUCGUGAUCGUUCACCAAUGGAUAAUGCUAAAGAUGCACAGAAUCUAACAUUCAUUGUCAUAUCGUUAUUGUUAUUGCUUUGUAUUGGUAUAUUACUCGGUGCAUUAGUAUCAAAUAAUCGGAAAAAAGUUGCCCGUGGUAUUACAUGGUUUCCAGAAGGAUUUUUCACCAAUCAAAUGCCCAUCUCUCGAAGUGGUCGUCAUCAUUCAAAUGCAAAUGCUACAGCUGCCGCUUCUUGUGGAGAUUUUUCACGAUCACGCGGUCGACGAGAAUCAAAUCUUCUUUCACAUUCGAAUUCAAUACGAUCGGGCUGUCCAGAUGGACAAGAAAUGAGACAAUUCAAAUCUCCUCGUGAUGAUAUGAUGGUAGAUGAGAAAAGUCAAUGUGCAGCGGUCAUCUAUGAAGAGCCAUCUGAAUGUCGUUCAUGGUCAUCGGCACAUUAUGAAGCAUUUCAACCACAUGAUUCGAUGACACCACCAUUACCAACACCAUCAAUUGAUUCAAUUGGUCCGAAUGGAAUGACACCAUUGAUGGUUGCAUCGGCAUUUCCAAUGAAUCUAAUGAACGUAGAUAAUCCGGAUAUGUUAUGUGAUAGUAAUAAUGCCGUACAUGAUCUAUUAAUGAAUGGAGCGAAUGUUUCAUUAACAUGUGAGAAAACGCAUGAAACAUGUUUACACUUAGCUGCCCGUUAUGCUCGAGCUGAUGCGGCAAAACGUUUGAUUGAAGCUGGUGCAGAUUGUAAUGCACAGGAUGCUACUGGUCGGACGCCUUUACAUUCGGCUAUUGCUGCUGAUGCACGUGGUGUAUUCGAAAUUCUUUUACGUAAUCGAACAGUCGAUUUAAAUGCCCGUACCAGCGAUGGAACGACACCAUUGAUUCUUGCUGCACGUAUGGCAAAUGAAGGAAUGUUAGAACAAUUAGUGUUACAUAAUUGUGAACUGAAUAUUGCCGAUGAUUCGGGAAAAACAGCGUUACAUUGGGCUGCAUCAGUAAAUAAUGUUGAAGCUGUACGUGUUCUACUACAACAUGGCUCUGAUCGUGAUGCCCGAAAUAUUCGUGAAGAAACACCAUUAUUUUUAGCCGCACGUGAAGGUGCAUAUCAAUGUGCGAAAUUAUUAUUGGAUUAUCAUGCUAAUCGUGAUAUAACCGAUAAUAUGGAUCAAUUACCACGAGAUGUUGCUAUGGCUAGAAUGCAUACCGAUAUUGUUGAAUUGCUGGAUAAACAUGAACCAUCAGCAUUGCCGCCACCGAUUCAAGCGAUUAAUAAUAGUAACAGCAAUGGUAAUGGUGGCGGUAUAACCUCACCGAAUCCGAAUCGUAUGCUUGUAACAUCGCCAAUACCCGCUCAAUGGGGUACGUUAGGUAGAAAUACAGCACCUAGACGUAAUAAACAGCAUCAUAUGGCAAGUGGUUCCCAACAACAACAACAACAACAACAUCAUCAAUCAAAUCUUAAUCUUCCCCAUGGUGGUAUCAACAACACAUCAUCAAUACUAAGUCCGACUGGCACAUUGAAAGGAACAAAAUCUUCAUCGAACAACAACAAAAAUGAUUCUUCAUCCAAUGGAAAUCAAUCAAAUGUUCCACCUCCGCCACCACCUCCUCGUAAUUGUGUUGCACUUUAUAAUGGAUUACAUCCAUCACAGCAACCAAUUCUUUUGCUUGGUUCGGGUGCACCAUCAUCAUCAACAACGCCAACUGGUACUAAUCAAUUAACGGGUAGCAAUUAUGAAAUGUUGACAUCAUCUACAACCAAUCAUUCAUCAAAUGAUUAUUCUCAUCACCAACAACAACAGCAAUCCUAUUCAAGCUCAACAAAUCCCUCACAUCAUCAUCAACAUCAGGCAUCAUUUUCAUUGAAUGGAUCUCAACAACAACCUCAGACCUCUACAAUUAAUACUGAUCAUGAUUCAAUGAUGACUGGUUUUAUUGGUCAUCAUCAACAUCAAAUCAGUAAUAUGAGUACAGCAACAGCAAUGACCAAUCUAACAUCACCAACAUCAUCAUCAUCAUAUUAUGGACAUCAUACUCAUCAUUCAUCACAAGUGACCAAUACAAAUCAUGCAGAUUAUAAUAGUAUUACACAAUUGAUGGCUGUUCAAUCAUCAGCAAUGAUAUCACCGCCAUUAGUUAAUGGUCAAACACCAAAUAAUGAUCCAUCCAACACUGCUAAUAUGACUGGAUCACGACCACCGCCUGCAUAUGAUGAAUGUUUUCAUCUCAAACAAUUAUCAACAUCAUCGGCUAAUCAUCAUCAUCAUCAAUAUAAUCAACAACAACAACAUAACCAUCAUCAUAAUCAUCAUUCACAUCAACAGCCGAUAGCGGUUGCACCACGUCAACAGCUAUUACAUCAACAAUUACAACAAGGUGUUAAUAAUGGUCAACAACCACCAACACCAACAGCGACAAUAGCACCGACAUCAUUAUUAUCAUCACCAACAUCCAAUACAUCAAUGAUGGCAUAUCAAAAUAACCAAACCGUAUUGCGUAUACAUCAACCAUCUCAACAGACAACAACUUUGAUUCAACAGAAUCAACAACAACAGCAAUCUCAGCAACAACAACAACAACCACGACCAUUAGAUUCAUAUCCAACGCCAUCGCCAGAUUCAUGGGCAUCAUUGUCAACAUCAUCACCAUUAUCAGCGAUGAAUGAUUGGACAUCAUCAUCGUUAGGCGGUACAACAACAAUUAUAUCAUCAUCAUCCGCUUCAUCAACAUCAUCAUCUGGAUCAUCAUCCACAGCAAAUACUGUUAUAAAUGGAACCGAUUCGAAUAUCCAACAACCUCCAAAUAAUAAUAGCAGUAGUAAUCUUUUAUUAUUAAAUACUAAUGGACCACAACCUGGACAAACGGCAUUAUCAACAACAGCCAAUGGCAAUAUUGGACAAAUGAUUUCGAUGGGUAUGGUAAUGUUAUCACCGACAAAUGCUACACCAUAUCAUUCGCUGAAUGGUAAUAAUAAUGGUAAUAAUAAUCAAUCAUCGACAAAUACUACGACCGGACGUCAACAACAACAGCAGCAACAGCAACAACAAUCUCAAACCGGUGCGAAUACCUCAGCUAUGGCUGCAACUCCUACAUCUACCAAUAAUAACUCAGCAUCGUCAUCAAUUUAUCAUCAUCAUCAUCAGCCAAGAUUUCAGCCAUCAUCAACACAACAGGCUGUGUUUAUUUGAAACAAAUUAAAAUUUCAUUUGCUUAUUGAUUUUU